UGUAAUCUCCUAAAUAAUAUACGCCUCUAAAGGCUCGCUCUUUUGCAGUUUAUUUUAUACCCCGGAGUAACAUUUAUACUGUUCACUGUUUCUUUCUCCGUCGUCUCUGACUACUCCCCACGAACGAUGUCUCAUUUCUCUCUUUCACUCUGGGGUUUCUUUUCUCUCUUUCACUCUGGUCUUUCCAUACGGCUUUCAUCUCCAUUCACCAGGGAACUGUAUUACGAUUUACCUCCAAUAAAGUACUAAUGACUGAAGUGGCAUCUACAUUCCAUUCACCGUCAAAUGACAACAAAUGAUGGAUGGUGACGGGUCUGGGCGCAUGAAUGAAAUCUUACUAUUUACAAUGCUUGGAUCCACUUUUGAACAGUGUUCCCGCCAAAAUAGUUGGGCUGGGUAUACCAUUACGGGCCAGGCAUGAUAAAUGGGCUGAGAUUGACAGUUGUAUAUGAGUUAUUGCUGAAGCCUAUUUUAGGUAGGGUUGUAGUCCACUUUUGUAAAAGAAAAAAUUGCAUUAAUUGCAUAGAUUUAAAAAAUAUUUGGGAACCCGUGCAAGCGUGCAGUGAUAGUUGAUCCCCUAUGGACAUCUCCGUCAGCUUCUCAUUCUUCUCUCCAGCAGCUUCCAGAUUCAUAGCAGACGAAGAACUGGACCUAGCAGCUUGGUCCAAGGACAAUGAGGCAAAUUCCCACUCAGGGGAGGGCUGCGUGAAACAGCCUCGAGCUAGGGUUAUAACCCCAACUAUGGAUUGUGACGAGAAAGACGGUUGGCCUAGCAAGACCACCGGCUGCAGUUGAAGAAAAAGAAUUGGUUUGGAUGAGCAAUGUUCACCAUGUGUUCGACGAAAUGACUCAAAAAGAUGUAGAGGCCAGGUAACAUUUCAUUUCUUACUACUUGGUUUAGUACUGGUCGUAUUGUGUUAUUUCAGACUUGAGAUGCCAUUUGAAGAGAUUGGGUAUCUCAAAGCUUAGACAAGCUCUCACAAGUUUAGGGAGAACCAAACAACAAUUGAAGGUAUUAUGCUUUUAAGAUAGCAAUCACUCAACCAAGAUUCAUUGAUUUGUGUUGGGAUCCUAUUUUUAAGCUUGAAAUAUGAUGUUAGUAAUUAGUGGCUGGAUUGGUUUUCUUUGAGUUUGAUUUUUUUGGAGUGUUAUAGUAUACUUGAAUGUCAAUAGAGAGUUUUCUUUUAGUUGCUUGGAGCAUUUUCUUUCUAAUAGGAGCUUAAACCUUUUGCCACUGGAGAAUACUUCACCUAUUGUUUCUCCAUAUGGAUUUUUAGCACAUAAUAUCAAAAUGAAGGAGGCAUACAAAAUGUUUGACAUAAUGCCCCAUGAACUUCUCCCAA